CUUCCCAUCAGACAGCGGGAGUCACCGGUGGAGAGCACACCGACGCAUACGUUACAGACCGUCAGGAGAAAAACGCUGCUUAGGAGCGUUGCUUUCACAAAGCGACAUGGGAGACCGAGUGGCUUUAUUGCUGCUGGCUGCGGUGGCCUCGGCUCUAGCUGUAGAGGUUCCCACAGAUGUUUCGAUGGGUCUGCUGGCUGAGCCCCAGGUGGCCAUGUUUUGUGGUAAACUCAACAUGCACAUUAACGUGCAGAGCGGCAAGUGGGAGCCUGACCCAUCUGGUACCAAGAGCUGCAUUGGUACCAAAGAGGGCAUCUUGGAGUACUGCCAGGAGGUGUAUCCAGAGCUCCAGAUUACCAACGUGGUGGAAGCCAACCAGCCGGUCAGCAUCCAGAACUGGUGCAAGAAGGGACGCAAGCAGUGUCGCAGUCACAUGCACAUAGUGGUGCCCUAUCGCUGCUUGGUGGGAGAGUUUGUGAGCGAUGCUCUGCUCGUUCCCGACAAGUGCAAGUUCCUCCACCAAGAGCGGAUGGAUAAAUGCGAGAGCCACCUGCACUGGCACACUGUAGCCAAGGAGUCCUGUGGCGACCGUACCAUGAAUCUCCAUGAUUACGGGAUGCUGCUGCCUUGCGGCAUCGACCGCUUCAGAGGAGUGGAGUUUGUUUGCUGCCCCAGCGAGGCGGAGCAGGGCGCCGAGAGUGUGGAGCAGGACACCGAUGAUUCCGAUGUCUGGUGGGGCGGAGCUGAGACGGACUACGGUGACAGCAUGGUGCAUGAGCCAGAGCCAGUGGAACAGCGAGAGGAAACCAAACCAUCUGUGGUAGAAGAGGAGGAUGACGGAGAAGUUCCAGAGGAGGAUGAUGAGGAGGAGGAUGAAGACGAGGAGGAAGAUCUGUUGGACAACGACCAGGAUGGAGACGGAGAGGAGGACGAGGAGGCCGUGGAGGAGGAUGAAGAAGAGGAUGACAUCAUGGAUACACUUGAUGACAGCGAUGAUGCAGAUGAGCCCACCACUAAUGUUGCCAUGACAACGACCACCACCACUACCACAGAGUCUGUCGAAGAAGUAGUGAGAGAUGUGUGCUGGGCCAAUGCUGAGACUGGCCCAUGCCGGGCCAUGCUGCCCCGCUGGUACUUUGACCGACAGGAGGGCCGCUGUGUUCAGUUUAUCUACGGGGGCUGCGGAGGCAACAGGAAUAACUUUGAGUCAGAGGAGUACUGCCUGGCUGUCUGCAGCAGCGUCAUGCCCACGGCCACGCCCAGCUCCCCCGAUGCAGUGGACCACUAUCUAGAGAUGCCCGCCGAUGAGAAUGAACAUGCCCACUUCCAGAAAGCCAAGGAGAGUCUGGAGGCCAAGCACCGUGAUAGGAUGUCCCAGGUUAUGAGGGAAUGGGAAGAAGCUGAGAGGGAGGCUAAGAACCUUCCACGUGCCGACAAGAAGGCUGUGAUUCAACGCUUCCAGGAGAAGGUGGAGGCUCUAGAGCAGGAGGCAACCAGUGAGCGUCAGCAGCUGGUGGAGACCCAUAUGGCCCGGGUGGAGGCUCUCCUCAACGACCGCCGCCGCCUGGCUUUGGAGAGCUACCUGACCGCCCUGCAGCAGGACCCACCCAGGCCCCGUCACGUCUUCAGUCUGCUGAAGAAGUACGUCCGCGCCGAGCAGAAGGACAGGCAGCACACUCUGAAACACUUCGAACACGUCCGCAUGGUGGAUCCAAAGAAGGCUGCUCAGAUUAGACCUCAGGUUCUUACUCACCUGCGCGUCAUUGAAGAACGCAUGAACCAGUCUCUGGGUCUUCUCUACAAAGUGCCAGGUGUGGCUGAUGACAUCCAAGACCAAGUUGAGCUCCUCCAGAGAGAGCAGGCCGAGAUGGCCCAGCAGCUGGCCAACCUGCAGACAGACGCCCGUGUGAGCUACGGUAACGACGCCCUGAUGCCCGACCAGGAAUUUGGAGACGGCCAGACUGACCUGCUGCCCCAGGAGGACACUCUGGGCCUGGGAGGAGUCGGCUUCGUCCACCCCGAGAGCUUCAACCAGCAGAACAUCGAGAAAGAGGUGCCUGGAAUGAAGAUGGAAGCUAUUCCUGAGCUGCGGAAGGAGACGGAGGACACACAGGGUACCCAAUAUGAAGUUCACCACCAGAAGCUGGUCUUCUUAGCCGAGGACGUCAGCUCCAACAAGGGCGCCAUCAUCGGCCUUAUGGUCGGAGGCGUCGUCAUAGCAACGGUGAUUGUCAUCACCCUGGUGAUGCUGAGGAAGAAGCAGUACACCUCCAUCCAUCACGGAGUCAUUGAGGUGGACGCCGCAGUCACUCCUGAGGAGCGCCACCUGUCCAAGAUGCAGCAGAACGGCUACGAGAACCCCACCUACAAGUUCUUUGAACAGAUGCAGAACUGAGGAGAAAAUCACCUUCCACACACUCGCAUCAACACACCAUAAUCCCCCCCCCCCCCCCCCCCCUUUACAUCUAUCCUUCCUCCUUUAUUUUCCUCCCCUCAGCCAGCCUCCCCAUGUCUCCAUGACGCAGCGAUCACUGAGCGACUGGGAUAGUAGUUUCCUGACCCUUUUUUUUUAUGAAAGAAAACAGCUAACCGUUGUUCUUAAGGGAGGAAGAAAAGCACACUGUCCACUCUGAUCAGCAGCAGGGUAACUUGACCCUCCCCUCAUCCACACAAUUCUGACAAAUCCGAUCAUAUUGUAAUCAUCUGUUUCAAUUCUGCAAAUAAGGUGGUAAUGAUAAAGUUUAAACGCUGCCCUCCCCCUACAAUCUACAAUGGUGAACCAGUGAGUGUCUCCUCCCCUCUCUGUCUCCUCCCUCCCUCCAUCCAUCCUCCCUUUCAUACAACAGCUGGGCUGUGUUGGGCCACAUCAGGCUCUUAAGGACAUCGCGAAAGAAGCUGGCGAUAACGAUCAUUUUGACAGCAGCAGUAGUCGUUAUGUGUUCUUAAGGAGCUGUUUUAUUUUUAUUGAUUCCACUUUUUUUCUUUUUUUUUUCAAAAAAGAUUGAAAACUGUAUAAAAAAAAAGUAAACUGAUGUAAAGUCGUUUUUUGUUUUUUUUAUUGCGUGUAAUGUUGCUGAAGUAAUGCUGAAGUCUUAGCUGUUCCUUAUGUAGUGUGCAUGAUGACAGGAUUUGGAGAAAACAAACAAAAAAAAAUGAAGAGGAUCUUAAACGCUGCUCUCUAUCUCCAGAGGUCCUUCCUCACACAUUGAUUGUCAUCCUAGCGAGAUUGUACAUUUAGCAUCCAACCGUGAUCACGUGACAUCAAACAAGAAUGAAAAAAUAUAUUUAGAAAUCUAGAUGAUCGGCCUUGAUCUCAUGUAAAAAAAUGUUAUUUUUUUCUUUCCUCUUUAAGUUGCUCCACCUCUUCCUGAUUGAAGGAGAUAUUUAAUGUUCAUCCCUGUUAAAAACUCUCAUGUGUGGCGGCGUUCUGAAGACGCUCCUUAUCACAGACUGAUUUCUGGUUAUAUGGAUGCUUUGAGCAGCAGGUUAGGGUUGUUUCCAUGUCUCUGUGUUGCAGGGUUCCUACACAGUUUGGAAAAAAAAAAAUGGCUGAAUACCAAACCGCCCUCCCUAAGCACUAACCCUUAACUAUCAAGUGUCCCUAUUAAGUCUCACUCACAGAUGAGGAAGGCACCUUGAUUGAAGAUCGUCUUAUAAAUGAGAAAGGGGCCGCUUCUUCUUCCCUCCAACGGGAAGGGAAAACAGUCGUUGCUAUGGCAACACAGGGACGCCCCAUUUGCCCAUCUUUUAAAACAAAUGUAUACAGUGAAAUAAAACUAUUUCAAAGAGGA